GGGAACAGAUUUCAUAACAUAACAUGCAUAAAUAAAUAAGAGCCUGCAGGCGCACAUGCACAUGCCUCUUCUCUUCACAGCCUGAAACUACAACAUUCUACAACAUGAUUUGCCUGACAGGAAUGAUCGUGCUGCUCUUUGCAUUGACUGUAGAUGGAAGAAUCGGUGAUUCCACUAGUGAAACCAGUUUCUGCACUGAGACGAAAGAGUGCAUGCUGUAUGACUUGGUUUGUGCGGGAGAUGAUUAUGAGGUACGUCACUAUGAUGCUGCUAAGUGGGUGACCGCAGAAGCUGAAUCCUAUUUCAUGGAAAUCGCAAUUUCAAGAGCGUUCAGGAAACUUUUUAAAUACAUCACCGGAGAAAAUGUGGCUGGUGCCAAGAUUGACAUGACUGCACCAGUCAUCAUUAAAGUCAAUGAGAGUGCAAGCAUGUGGCAGUCAUCAAACUAUGUUCUCAGCUUCCUCCUGCCCUCCAGCUACCAGGCCAACCCACCCAAACCUACUGAUUCAUCUGUAUACUUCACAGACACUCCGGAUAUGAAAGUGUACGUCAGAAGCUACGGGGGCUGGAUGAUGUCAGUUGUGUCCAAAUCACAGGCUCUGAGUCUGAAGACAUCGCUGGACAAAGUACAGGCUAACUAUGAGUCAGACUAUCGCUAUGAUGUUGGCUAUAACAGCCCAAUGAAGAUUAUGAACAGACACAAUGAGGUGUGGUAUAUUGCUAAGGGUGAGCCUGUGUGUCCUAAAAGUGAAUAAUUUCUUUGAGGCUCCUCUCUAACAAGACAUUUAUUUGUCAUUUCUGUUUCAGAGCAACAGAGAACAGAUCUGUAAUACAUCUGUGCUACAGUCCUAACAAUCUAAACUACCCAUUUAAGCUUUUAUAUAAGUAUUUUGUACUACAGAAAUUUAUAACAUAAACACAUAUAUUGUAAAUGGGUUGGGUUAGCUUUAAUAGACAACAUUAAAAAAAAUAUGCCAUUUGUAGAAAAAUGUCAAGAAUGGUAUUCUUUCUAUAAGCAUUUUAUAUGUUUUAAAAAGAAAAUAAAAACAUAAUUGUAAACA